GCAUGGUCACGCCCCCCUCGCAUAUUGUACUCUGGAGCGGUUGCCAUGGAGACCCUUGGAAGCCGGCGCGGCCUGCUUAAAAACAAGGGAAAGCAGCCGCCUGCCUCGAGUUCUUCUGGAUCCAUACCCCUGCGCUUAGAAGCUUCUGUCUUCAGCAUUUAGGGGUCAAGAUGUCUAAUCCGCAAGAGGAACAGGAUUUGCAGAAGUUCCUUCGGGACGUAGAUGAAGUUACCAACUUGAUUCAAGGCCUGAAUUCGGCAGACCCCUCCAUCCAGGUGAAAGCCAUCGCAGAGACAGAGAAAAGGCUCAGCUCCACAAAACCCAAAGAUGGGAGUAAAAAGAAGCCCCAGGUGGACAGGACAGUCGUCAACACGCGAGCACCGGAUUUGCCAAAUCACGAGGAAAUGAUGAACCGAGAUGGCUUCAUGGCCGCUUUAGAAAAGGAUGCUGAAGAGCGAGCGAGGAGAAGGAAGGAAAACGAAGCCUUUGCAAAUGCACUGAAAGACAAAGGGAACGAUGCUUUCAGCAAAGGAGACUAUGAAGCAGCCAUUGAGAAGUACACAGAAGGCCUGAAGAAGCAGAAGGACAUGCCGAUGCUGUACACCAACAGAGCCCAGGCUUACAUCAAGUUGCAGAAGUAUGACCAAGCCAUUGAGGAUUGCGACUGGGCUUUAAGGUGCGAUGAAAAAUGCAUCAAAGCCCUCUUCCACAUGGGGAAGGCAUACCUAGCCCAGGAGCAGUACAGGAAGUCCAGAGAAUGCUUCCUGAAGAUUUUAGAAAUCGACCCCCAAAAGGAGAAGCUGUGUAAAGGGUGCAUCGAUGAAGUCGACGCGGAGGAGAAAAGGCAGCGCGAGGAGCAGAGCGCCAAGGAGGCCUUUGAAUCGGGGAAAAGCGCGGCCGUGUCUGUGAGCCAGUUGCUGGAGAAGCUCAGUGCGCCCGAUAAGACCCCGCUCUACUACGCAGGAGGGAUGAGGCUCUUGACCGAAGCGGUGCAAGAUGGCACUGAGCAGACCCUGUUUCGGACAAACAAUGGAUUCAGUGUCAUCAAUGACAACGAGGUCAUAAGACGGCUCCUCCGCUCCGAGACCAGAUCGCCUGCUGAUGUGGAGCUGACUCUUUCCCUUCUCCUCUUAUGGCAAGCUGUUUGCAAAGGGAAUGAGGAGAACCAACGCUUCCUUCUAACUCACCCCGAUGUGAACUUGCACCUUCCAACUCUGUUGCUUUCGGAGAGGCCCGAAAUCCAAGAGCAGUGCCUGGCCCUGCUGUGUCUCUAUGCGGAGACGGAGAGCGGGAGGAGCUUACUGGUCCGACACCUGGACACCACCAAGUGGCUCCAGCUCUUCCUGUCUUUCCUCAAGCUUUCUGACAACCGGGCCCGCUACGCCAUGAACCUGCUAACCAGCUUAAUCGCAGAGGAUAAGUUCAAAAUCCAGUGCCGCAUCAAGCUUUCCACGGAGGCUUUGCCACUGUUCACGCAGUUACUGGGUUCAGUGGAGACGUUGAAUGAGCUGGCCCUGGCGCAGUGCAUUGCCGUCAUGGGAGACCUCUGCUCCGACGUGGUCAUCCACCUGCAGAUGGCCGAGAGCCACGAAUGCUGGGAGGCCUGUGCAAAGUUCGUGGAUGAAUGCUGGGUGGAAGGCAAGAUCACAAGAUACCCAAAGUGCCUGCAUGCUGUGCUUGGCUUAAUGAUGAACCUCUCCCUACAGCACAGUUUGGUCAUUCAGGAAUUUGCUGAAGAAAUCACUCAGAAAUGCAUGUCCCUCGUCAACAGCAAGGAGGGAAGAAUCGUGACCCGAGCCAUUGGACUUCUAAGCCACAUCCUCCCUGUCAGUCUGGUGGCCUUGGAAGAAGCCAUGAAGCAAGGCGUGGUGAAGAAAAUGAUCAAGUUCUUGAAGACUGGAGAGGAGGCCACAUCUGGCUAUGCCUUGAAGACCUUGGCAGCUUGUGUCAGAAACAGCCGACAGGCUCAGGAGCAGAUUGUAAAGUCAGAUAAAAAAUGUAGCACAUUUCUGAAACUCCUGCGUUCGCAGAAUGACGUGGUGGUAGGAAACGCAGCUUUCUGCCUUGGGAAAUGCCUGGAGGUCCCUGGAAUGGCAACGAAUUUGCUCGACACGAACGUUGUGAAAAUUCUCUUGAAAGUGGCCGGGAGGGAGGCGGAGAAGACUCAGGCGCAGGAGAACGCGGCCAUCGCUUUGGGGAAGCUCUGCAACGCGGACGCCAGGCAGGUCAGUCGGUUGCGGGAGCUGAACGGGAUGGCGGUCCUCAACGCAGUCAUGAAGCAUGUUCAGCACUGAUUUUCAAGACCCUUUCAAAUGUUCUGCACUUUUUUGAAAGCAAAAACAAAUAAAGAUGAUGAAUAGGGUGAAAAAGAGUGACUGGUUGGUGCCUCGUGAAGUAUGAGGAAAAUGGUAAAAGCAAAAGAAGUGCUUGGACUGAA